AUGUUCAUAUGUUGUAUUUGUGAAAGAGAAUUUGGUCAUCUUACGAGCCUCAAAAACCAUAAAAAAGUUCAUAAAAACUGUUAUAAAGUUGAAAACGAAACUGAUACUAGUUUUAACAUUAGUACAGAUGAGAAUACGGAUAGUUAUAUUUCUGAUGAAUCAAAAGUAAAAAGCCAAAUUGAGUCAGAUUCAAUAUUCGAUGACCAAGAAACUACCAAUGAAUCAGAUUUAACAUUUAAUGACUAUAAAAUUACCAAUGAAUCUGAUUCAAUAUUCGAAGACCAAGAAGCCACUAAUGAAUCUGAUUCUAUGUGCAAUGACCAAGAAACUAACAAUAAAUCUGAUUCCAUGUUUGAUGAUCAAAAACUACUAACAAAUCUAAUUCUAUGUUUGCAAGAGAUUGUUGAUGAAUAUGACUUUAUGUUUAAUAACUAUGGGAUUACUGAUGAGUUUAGCUCAAUCUUUAAAAACGAUGAUGAUUCUAUCCAAAUUGUUGAAAGAAAUAUAUUAAAAGAAUGUAAAAAGACUAAUGAUCAAUGUUGGAGCGAUGAUAAGUCACUCAUUGAAUUAUAUAAAUAUGAUAAAGAAUGUAUCUCCGAAAUUCUUGAUGGUUUGUGCCAUCUCGUCCCCGCAAUGAAUGACUAUUUUGAUCUUAUAUCUGUGUUUAAAGGGGAUAUGAAAGAAUCAGAAGUAAUCUUUACUUUAUAUAAAUCCUUUACAUUGCCUAACAAAGAACAGGUAAGGGCUACAAGAUAUUAUCACAAUAUACCAGUAUUUAUCAAUAUUGCUAUCUAUAUGGAUUCUAAACAAAUCGAAUUUGAAAUAUUUGAUGAAUAUUGCUUUGCAAAA